AUGGUGCCAGGGAAGAAGCAGGUUGCCAAUCUGCAGAGGUUCGAAGAAGACUAUGGCCCGGGUGACGACGAAAACUCCAUGGCAGACAAGGCCGUGGACUACCAGCACUUGUUCGCAGGCAACAGUGAUGAUCGAUUUCGUAUUGGCAUCACCUUUUGGAAGAAGGGCAUCCGUUUGUAUGCGCCCUUCGACAAAGCGGACAUUCUCGUCUGCUCGCCGCUGGGCCUGCGGCAAAUCACGGGCGUGGAGGGCGACAGGAAGCGUGAAUUCGACUUCCUCUCAUCCAUCGAAGUCUGCGUGGUCGAUCGCGCCGACGUGCUGCGUAUGCAGAACUGGGAGCAUGUCCAGGAGGUCAUGCAAGUUGUCAACAGGAAGCCACAAGGCCUCGGCAACAUAGACAUCGCACGACUCCGCAGCGCCUAUGCAGAGGGCCGUGCGCGGGAGUUUCGCCAGACGGUAGUGACCUCUUACGGACAAUGCCUGGAU